AGAAUGAGGUGAUGCUGUAAAAAGGGGGCACACCUCUCCUGUCCGCCGGUUCCACCCACCCGCACCCCCGGGCCAGCCCUGCUGCUUCGGGUCCCUAACCAGGACACUCCCACCCACAGAUGUCCGACCGAGUGGUGCUGGUGGCGGCUGAGCUGAACCUCACCACUGCCAUGCUGGAGCUCCCCGCUGCCCCCAGCUUUGCCGAGGUGCGCCGGCGGCCGCUGGACUUCUUCAGGCACGCCCGGGAGGACGUGCGGGGCUGUGUGGAUCCUUCGCACCAGCCCUCGGGCAGGCUGAGGCACUGGCUGCACAAGCUGCAGGCGGCCAUGCGAGCAGUAAGUCGGGCCGGCGGGGUUCUGCAGGCUUUUUGGGGUGUCAGCGCCCGAGCCCCCGCUGCAGAGCUGACCCAGCCCAUCUUCCCCCCGCAGGAGACCCCCGAGAGCACGGCGUGCCUCAGGGCCACCGCCAUCCUGCACGUCCUGCAGGUGCUGGACAACCUGCGCUGCGCUGCCCUCCAGGACAAAUGCUGCCGUGCUGGGGUGAACUGCUGAAGUGCUGAAGUGUUGAACUGCUGAAGUGCUGAAGUGCCCUCAGUCCCCAGCCCGCGGCACCGCCCCCGGGGACGCCCCGAGAACCGGGAAAAAACCGCUGCGCUGCGCUGUUACUGCCUAUUUAACCACCUAUCUAACCCCCUAUUUAACCCCCUAUUUAACCCUUCUUCUCACUUACGCGAGCUGAUGAAAUAAUUUUUUCUUUUUUUUCCUUUUCUUUUUUUCUUUUUUCUUUUUUUUUUUUUUUUACGGUCUUUUAAAUUAUUGGCUUGGGAUAAGGCGAAGUAAUGCCCUUCCCGAAAAAAAUGCGAAUAUUGCGUAUUUAUAAGGUACCUUUGUUUUUCUUGUUCUGAACGUGUUUUUAAGGAAAUCUAUUUUUUUACCUGCUAUUUAUUAAAGAGUAUAUUCUGCA